GUCAGCCUGGGCUUUGUCACUGAUGAUAUUGACCGUGUUCUUGAGCAACAACGAACAGAUUUUAACAGAAGUCCCUAUAACACCGGAAACGACAUGCCGGGACGUGGUAGAAUUCUGCAAGGAGCCGGGAGAAGGCGGCUGCCACUUGGCCGAAGUGUGGCGGGGAAAUGAGCGGCCGAUCCCCUUUGACCACAUGAUGUACGACCACCUUCAGAAGUGGGGCCCGCGGAGAGAGGAGGUGAGGUUUUUCCUUCGACACGAGGACUCCCCAGCUGAGAGCAGUGACCAGGGUGGCCGCCAGACCCAGGAGCAGAGGGCGCAGAGGAGCGUGGCCAGUGCGCCCGGGGAGAAGCGCCCUGAAAACGGGGUGGGCAGCCCUCGGGUCGAGCUCACCCUCGCCGAGCUCCAGGACAUGGCAGCGCGGCAGCAGCAGCAAAUCGAGAACCAGCAGCAGAUGCUGGUUGCCAAGGUGAGUCACGAUAGCAGAGCUGGGGAGCCUUCAGCAGAGGGGCCACCUGGGGAGGGUGUCGCGCCCCGCCAGGCGGCCCCCAGGCCCUGCAGCUGCCCGCUCUGCUCUGACCGCUGUGGGCGGCGGGUGGGGCUGUGUGAGCACAGGCUUCCACCUCUCUGCUCUGCGUGGCCCACCCAGGGCCGCCUGGCCACGCCCGGGCCUGCCCCGUUCCUGGAGGACAACGCCCUUCUGCCGCCCCUGUCCCCGCGCGGCCCGGGGCCUGGGAGCCAGCGCACCGAGCCACAUACAGGCUCCGCUGCUGUUUGCUUUUUGAGAUCUCCCUGGCCUGCAGUUUGCCAGCUUACCAGUGCAUCAAAGCUGUUUUAUUUUCUGCAGAUUCGCAACCAGCUUAACCAGGAACAGAACUCGAAACUGCAGCAGCAGAAGGAGCUGCUGAGCAAGCGGACCGUGGAGGUGGCCAUGAUGGACAAGCGCAUCGGCGAGCUCCGUGAGCGCCUCUACGGGAAGCGCAUCCAGGCACGGCCCCGGGCCCCGGGCCUCCCUGGCCAUGGCCAUGUGGCGGAGGGUGGACACGUGGGUCCAGAGGCCAGGCUGGCAGCUCAGGACACAUUCCCCGCCCCGGGGGAGCCCGCCAAGCCCCACUCGCUCUCCGUCGCCUCCAGCGCUACCCACGCAAGAUCCAAAUCUGCCAAUGAUGGAAACUGGCCCACGUUAAAGCAGAAUUCCAGCUCUUUGGUCAAGGUGGCACAGAUGGCCGGCGUGGACUGGAAGGACCCGGCUGCGGAGGGGCCGCUCAAACCGGGGGCCGUCUCGAGCCAGCCUGUGCCCCUGUCGGCCCUGGGGGCCCCGGAGAAACCGGUAGGCCCCGCUCGCCUCUGCGCCAGGUCCUGCACCCUGUCCGCCCCGCCGGGCUCCUCGCAGCAGAUUCAACAGAGGAUCUCCGUGCCGCCGAGCCCCCCGUGCCCGCCCGCAGCGCUGCCCCCAUUUCCAGCUGGGGACGGCAAGCCCGAGCUCCCGCUGACCGUGGCCAUUAGGCCCUUCCUGGCUGAUAAGGGGUCAAGGCCACAGUCCCCCCGGAAAGGCCCCCAGACGGUGAACUCCAGUUCCAUCUACUCCAUGUACCUCCAGCAAGCCGCGCCGCCCAAGAGCUACCAGGCAGCGGCGCACAGCGCCUCCAGCAAGCCAGUCAAGGCAGGUAGGCGGCUGGGCGGGCGCGCGAAGCCGAGGGGCGCCAGCUGCACCGGCAGGCCACCGCGUCGGGCCCUCGCGCCCUCAGGACCAGCGGGUGGGCACCCCUGCAGCCCACCCUGGGCGGGGCCGGGGUUCCUCUCUCUGCCUCUGGGCCUGGCCCGGCCGCUCAGCCCCACCAAGCUGACGCCCAUGGUGCACUCGCCGCUGCGCUACCAGAGCGACGCCGACCUGGAGGCGCUGCGCCGGCGGCUGGCCAACGCGCCGCGGCCCCUGAAGAAGCGCAGCUCCAUCACCGAGCCCGAGGGCCCCGGGGGGCCCAACAUCCAGAAGCUGCUGUACCAGCGCUUCAACACGCUGGCCGGCGGCAUGGAGGGCGCCCCCCUGCACCCGCCCGGGCCCCCGCAGGACUUCGCGGGCACCCUGGCCGACGUGGACAACGGCAACACCAAUGCCAACGGCAACCUGGGGGAGGACGGGCCCGCCCCGCCCACCGGCCCGCCGCCCACCGCGCCCGCCCCGGCCUCGGAUGCCAACGACAACCGACUGCCCUGCCCCGAGGGCCCCCUGCGCCCCCAGACACCCCCGCCGCCGGCUGAGGAUGACAACAACAACCUGGCCGCGGCCCCCACCACCGAGCAGGUCCCCAGCCCCGGGGCCGAGGCCCCCUCCCUGGGGCAGGAGCAGGCGCCCCUGCCGGCAGCCCCCACGCCCCCAGGCGUGCAGGAGAAGCUGGGCGUGAUGAACAAGGGCCUGGUGUACGCGCUGUGGGCCUACGAGGCCCAGAACAGCGACGAGCUGUCCUUCCACGAAGGAGACGCCAUCACCGUGCUCCGGCGCCAGGACGAGAGCGAGACCGAGUGGUGGUGGGCCCGCCUCGGGGACCGGGAGGGCUACGUGCCCAAAAACCUGCUGGGGCUGUACCCGCGGAUCAAGCCCCGACAGCGCACGCUGGCCUGAGCCCAGGCAGCCUGAGGAGCACAGGAGCCCUGUCCCGGGAGCGCGCG